CGCUCGCUUGGCCAAAGCUUUUUCCUACUGAGGUUUGUUUUCUUGUCACUCCCGAAUUCGUUAUUUGCUGCCUUUUUAAAUUCACAGUAAAGCAAGAAUGGGCGUUCCAGGACUGUUCCGGUGGCUGCAGCACGAGUUUCCCACAGCGUGCUUCACAACCACGCGGCUGGACAUACACAGCUUCCAGACCCUGUCAGUCGAUCUCAACAGCACACUGCACCGGAGCGCACGGCAGAGCAAUGGUGACCUGGCAACAGUAUCGGCCAGUGUGGACAGAAUUGUCGACCUGAUCCGGCCAAAGCGGCUCGAUACUCCUGUCCAUCGACGGUGUGCCGCCGCGGAUCAAAGAGUGGCUGCAGCGGGAGCGGCGGGCGCGGACGGCAGAGGCACAGGCGGGCAGUGGUGAGUUCCUGUCGUUUGCGAUCACACCGGGGACGCGGUGGAUGCGGCAGGUAGAAGCACACCUGGAUGAGCACAUUGAGAGAAAGCACAAAAUGGACGACAAGUGGCGGCAGGUGAAGGUGGUGCUGUCAGGGUACAGGGAUCCCGGUGAGGGCGAGCAGAAGAUCAUGCGGUAUCUGGAAUCCACCAGGGACACGCGGUUCCAGCACUGUGUGUGGUCGAAUGACGCCGACACCGUGCUGCUCGAGCGCACACCCAAUGGCGUCCCGACAUAUACGGUUGUGGAUAUCGACGAGCUGGAGAGCCAGCUAGUUAAGCGGUAUGCGCCGACACAAGAGAUUACUGGGAAUAUCGUGAGGCGCCAGAAGUUCAUCGACGACCUGGUGUUUAUGUCGUUUCUGGCCGGCAACGACUUUCUGCCGCCGGCCGUCAACAUGCAGACAACCGAUUCAGAUGCGCUGGAUCGGCUGUGGCGGCUAUAUGCCGGCAGCCCGCUGGUUGAUAUGAAUAUUCACGACCGUGGUGUGAUCAAUGUCGACGCAUUCCGCAUUCUGCUGGAUCUACUGGAGGUCGAAUAUGAGCAGAGAGAUUUCCGCAAGCAUAUCGGCGUCAUGUCGCUGGGAUCGCAGCUCACGGCACUGCGGAUUCGGAGGCUGGCAUGGGACUCGCAGCGGCACCAGCUGUCAAACUCAGAGUCAGCAACAGCGACCGAGACAGAGGUACUACUGGAGGAGGUGGUGGAGAAGCGGCCACGGAAGAAGAAGCGGGGUAAGGAGUCGAAGAGCGAGCGGCGGGCACGCAAGGCAGUCAAGCAGAAGCAGGACCUGCCGUUCGCCUCGGAUACCGAGCUUGAGGUCAAGCUGCUGCCUGAAGCUGCUCCACUGGAUGAGAUCUUCCCUGUUUAUGUUCCCUUGGGCGAGUGCCGCAGCGAGCCGACGCUGAAAUACGAUGGCAAGCCGCUGUUGUCACCGAUUCUGUUGUCGGCUACGCAGUUCAUUACCGAUUUUGCUGCGAAAAAGCCAACAAUGCCGGUCUGUGAGAUCAUCGGGUAUGUCAAUAGUGGGAAGCUGCGGUGGCUGCAGUCGAUGGCACGGGCGCAGGGCCUGGAGCCCAAGCUGGUCGGCCCAUCCGACGUCGAGUAUGAGGGGAUGUGCCGCAAAUGGAAGCUGCAGCGCGCAAGCAAGGCCAGCGAUAUCCUGCUGUCUACAGCCAUGGUUGUUAUCGGCGAUAUUGACUACUGCCCACCGUCACACAUCCUCACCCUGAUACACGCGGAAGACACACCCGCCAGCACAACCAUUGCGCUGGUCUCUGACAAUGACUGGGAUAUACUGUAUGCAGACGCAAAAACCGAGCACCGGCGGGAACAGGAGCACCACGAGUGGCGGCUGCGGCGGUACAUGCAGACAUACCGCACGGCCGAUGCCGCUUUUAUCUCCCAUUUGUGCAAGCACUAUGCACUGGCUGUGGGGUGGACGGCGCAAUAUUACUUUGCACAGACCGUACCGAGCUGGCAUUAUGCGUGGCCGAGAGACAUUGAGUCAAUGGGCACCGCCCCGAUGUUUUCCGACUUUCAGCUGUAUAUUGAAGCGUUCGCGGAGGUUUGGAGCAGUGUGCCGCGGUCAGAUCAGCCGCCGCCGCUGCCCCGUGAGCACAUGCUCAGCGUAUUGCCAAAAGAGGCGUGGAAGCUGCUAGACGCCGAUGAGCAGCAGUGGGCACAGAUGCUGGCCGGACAGCAGUACUCGGAGAGCGCGCGUAAGGUGGUCAGAGCAAGGAUGGAGAACCGGCUGGAGGAUAUUGCCUGUGUGAGGAUCUGGUUUUAAAAGCUGUCGAUCACUCAGCCUUCGUGCGUGGGAGCCAUGCGCCUGGGCGCACGCAGGCCAUCAUGCAUGCCAGUUCGGCGUUGCAUUCUGAAUGCCACACUUGCAUCGGUUUUUUCCGAGGGCAGAUGGCUUUAAAAAUAUAUUUGUAUGCAGUACGC